AUGUCGCUGCGAUGCAGUCUUUUUGGCGAUGCUGCCGGCAGCACCAGUUUGCAGCCGGACUUCUCGGUAACACAGUCGUCUAUCAUCGCAAAGACCACAGCACGCCAGCAGUUCCUCUCGCUCCCUUCGUCAGUGAGCUCCAUGCCUGCCAUUGAACGAGCCACUGCCGCGUCGAGCAAGCUGAAGUUGCGUCUGGGCAAAGAGACGGGAAGGCUCCGAAAGCUGCGCUUCAGUUGGGGGUUGUUUGGCGAGGAUAGCGACAUGGCCAAACUCGAAGACCUGGUCCAACAAUUGAGAUACUGGAAUGAUGGCCUGCGUGAUAUCUUGCCUAUACAGCACCAGCUGUCCCAUGGCAUGAUGACACAGGUCAGGGUUCUGGGCCAUUUGAACAACCAUCAAGCGCUUGAACGUGUUGGGAAUGCAUCGCGAAGCAUCAGCGGCACAGUGUAUCAAGAUAUAUACGCUUCUUGUAACAUGAAGAGAGACAAGCUUAACACAGGACCGCAAUUUGAGAGUCACAUUAAGGCGGACUCCGGGCCGUUGGAUGUCACAAGGUUGCCGCAGCUCAGUGGAAGUAGUUCAGCAAGUAUUGAGUAUCGCCUCACGAGCCUUCAUUCCGGUCAAGGAAUGGAGUCAGAGGCCACACGAGUGGUUGUUGAGAUUGUCGACUUCAGCGCCAUCUCGCACCAAGACUCAAUAGAGAUCCUCAACACCCGGAUCGGUCGCCUCAGCCAUCUUCUUAGGGCCGCCGCACACUCCCGUGCUGACGCACACAAGCGGUACAAGAAACGCCAUGAUAUCUACUCCCUGGGUCUCGUUUUGUUCGAGAUUGGCAUAUGGCAGAGCAUAUUCUACUUCAAGAAGGACAAUCAAGACGCACAAGACUUCAGGAGGACCAUCAGAAAUGCCUGCGAGAGUCACCUGGCACACUUCAUGGGCAAGGCGUAUCAGCGAGCCGUGUUGCAAUGUUUGGACGAAGACGACAUGUGGAAGGAGGCAGAGGGCGAUGAUGAUGAUGAUUCUUCGGAAACACAUGAGGUCUUCUUCUGGAAGGUCGUGCGAGAAUUAGGGGGCGUACAGUAG